AUGUCGCAUUCUGUGUCGACCAGAAUUAUUCAGCCAGCGGGCUUUGAGUGCCUCAAACCAGUAGAUCAAACGAACGUUGACAUCGUCGCCGUCCCAAUUAUCGGAGCUCAUCCUCGUGAUUGUUGGACUCCCCGAGGGGCCCAGUUGCCAUGGCUAGAAUCCGAAUUGCUGAAACAAAUACCGCGCGCUCGCGUACUACUGUACAGCCACGGACAGGCUUAUGAACGAGACAGUAUCGAGGCUCUUGGCGAGCGAUUAUUGAAUCUGCUGAUGCAUGAACGUCGUCACGAAUGUCCUCAGCGACCAAUAUUCUUCCUGUGCCAUAGCACGGGUGGCUUGGUAGUCAAGGCCUGUCUUGCUCUAGCAUCGCGACACGAGCCAACCUUGGCGAUUCAGACGAGCUGUCAUGGAAUUGCAUUCUUCGCCACUCCUCACCAGGGCUCGACAUAUCUAUCAACCAGUGAAUAUCAGAAAAGCAUUCGUCAGUUAUUGCGGCUGGAGCAGGAGAUGCCCCAUUCACUUCGAGGUCAGCUCCGCCCACGAGAUGAACGGCUGUGGCAUCUUUCCAACCAGUUCAAAGCUCUUUCCGCGGACAUGAAAGUCUGGUCAUUUCUCGAGACGGUGGACUCCACGAUGCAAGUGCAAGAUUUAUACUCAAACAAUUUCAUCGAGUUCCAUGCCCCCAUUACCUCCAUCAGAUCUGGACUUCUCAGUAUUGAGCAUGAGACUGAGAUUCCGGUGGGAACCGACCAUGCGGGAAUCUCAUGCUUCCAGGACCAGGAGAAGACGCUAGAAGCCUUCUUGAACGAUCUCAAAGUCUCGGUUGAAACUGCAAUUGAAUUGUCCACCCGAUUUGAUUACUCGCUGCACGUUGAGGACGAGGUGCGGGUCCAGGUAAAUGGGUUCUUCGAGGACGUAGCUCUGGGUGUCAGCGAGGAAAGUCCGCUCAGGAUGUGGACUGCACAGGUCUCAUUCAAGGAUUAUCUUGCCCUGGGUCCCUCGGCCUGUUUGAAGGAGCGUCUGGAGCGGUUUCGUCCUGAUACAAUGGACGAUUCAUCGCUCAGUAGUUUCGAUAGUCGAGCUAUUCCUCGCGAGGUGUUUCAGGCCCAUCCGGACACCCCUCUUGACGAGAGUUCAAUCGAUGAGAAGCACAGCGAGUCUCGUCAAGAUGACCAUGAAGGUCAUAGAGCACAAAAUUAUGGGACACGCUCGUUCAGACCCUCGUUAGUACACAGUCAAAGUGAUGAGAGUAGUCUUAACCCUGGAUUUCACUCUCCAACCAUCCACAUUACCAAGGCUUCGACAGAUGGAAUCCUUGAUAUUCAGUCUACCGAGAGCUCUCUUGCAUCGAUGGUACGACAAGGCAAGAGGACGUUUCUCGCUAGAACCAAGCGCACAAAUCCAACGCGUCAACUAUCCGGAGAAAGCAUACAGCUGACAAGUUCUCGACCCGUUUCGGCAUCGGAAUCACCUUCAAGAGAAGCGGAGUUUCUGAAGAUUCCAUCAUCAACGCGAGAUCGGAUCAAUCUUGAUGCUGACGGGGCAGAUCUCCCUCGGUCACUGCCGCGAUUCGAUCGACCUGACCCUGGUACUGAGAAGCUCUUGUGGAUCCACGUUCCCUAUACCAACGCUGGAUGGGUCUCUCAGGUGAUUCGUCGGGCGUGUGAGGACCGGAAGGAUCCAGCAUUUCUCCGCAGGUUUAUCAAUGACAAGAACUGGUAUUUAAACCUCAAUCGAGCUCGACACAAUGAGCCUCACGCUCGAUUUGUUCGGCCAACGUGCAUUCAUUCCCGCCAGAAGGACGUCUCAGAUGGUGCCAGGGAGAAAGAUGCGGAAGAUCCCCAGCUCGCUCUAUACCUCCACUGGGACACCUAUCGAAACCUGAUUCAGCGACGUAAAGUGGUCGAAGACCGGCUGCAUCAAGGCCGAUCCAGGCCAGUGCCAUUUCGCAUUGAGAAGUCCAGUCUCGAAUCCAAACUCAUCUGGCAGUAUCUGGGGUGCGAACCUCCAAUACACUUCCGGCGCACCCUGGACCAGUUCGGGUAUCCCAAUCUGCGGUCCACAGUGGCUCGGGACGAUGACCAAAUGCUGUGGAAAAGGACACGGAAGCCUGCUCAGAUCGACGAACAACUUCGUGGCUACUUGGACGCCAAUAGCGAUGAUCCCGAAGACGAGGGACCCAGUGAGUUCAUGGACGGUAAUGUGUUGAUGGUUGAUCAGCUCUGGCUCUGGAUCGUCGACAGAAAAACCAUCAUUACAUUCUUUCCAAACCAAGAGGCAACAACCUCAGAAGGUAAGCUAUUGGAGCAGACCAACUUGCACAGUAGUAUCUACAAUGAGUUGAAUGGUGACUUGGCUCGUCGGUUCGAGACCGCGGGUGACCUGGCCGCCUUGAUCAUGUUGCACGCCACAACUGUUCUCUUAGACCGGACCUUGCACCGAGACUUGCAAGUCCUGCGAAUAUUUGAAGAGUCAAUCAGUAUCCUCACCGAAUCUGUGACCAAAUCGUUCAAACGCUUUCGCAAUCAGGGUUUUGUGAAGGGGCCUGCCGACCUUGGUCGUAAGUCUCAAGGAAAGCAUGACACAGCUGCGGAACGCGAUGCAAAAGAUCGCCAGACGGCUCGCCGGAACCGAGACGACCUGUCCGUGCUUCUCGAAUUGCGGGACAUUGAAGAUGAAUUGUCAACCAUCCUAAAACUCCUGGAUCAACAAGACACAGUCUUGAAAAGCAUGUUCAAGUACUUUGACCAAGGUGGCUGCGGUAUGGCAUUCCUUGACAGUGCGCAGUUGCGAAUCAACGAGUACCGGGUGCAAAUCGGUGAAAUGAAAGAGAAUAGCCAUCUGGCUCAGAAGGCGGUAGAGACCUUGCUUGACCUGAAGCAAAAGCAAGCCAAUGUAGAUGAAGCCAAGAUGGCUCGGUGGCAAGCGGAAGAAACUCAAAACCAAUCCCGGUCCCUGAUGGUCUUUACCAUUUUCACCGUCAUUUUUCUUCCUCUCUCGUUCUUCACAUCUCUAUUUGGCAUCAAUGCCCGUGAGUGGAGCGGCACACCGGAGAACCUGUCACUGUCUGAGAUGUUCGAGAUUGGUGCGCCGGCCUCAUUCGCCAUCAUUGCCAUCGCCCUCCUCCUUGCGUUCAGCGAGCGUCUCCGGCAGGUGGUGACCAAGUCCAGUAAGAUCGGCCAGGGAGCCUUCGAAGAAUUCGUCUCUGGUCCCAUCAAGCUGUUUCUUCAUUGGGAGUCAUUGAAGAAGAGCAUCCCAACUGUGCGUCCUGCAGAGGACUCCAACAUGCGAAAACGCUUCGAUCAGUAUCUUGGAUAUGACAAUCAGCGGAUGCAGUUUGAUGAAGACUUUUGGCAACGUCGACAGGUUGAUCGCUCACCGCUCGAGGAGUUGGAGCGGCGGCAGAGGAAGCGGGCCAAGUCCAUGUCCGUUGCGAAUGGAUGGGGAGCAGACUUCUCGGAUAAGCUGCGAAGAGUCAGCGCGGGUGUAUCGAGCAGUGUGUGA